AACUGGUUCGCCAAUUUGCAUGUUUUAGCCCUUCACUCAAUAGUUACUUAGUUCAUCUCGCUUCUCUUCUCUGUUUUUUGCAUUACUUGAUCAGGUCUGACGGAGAUCGAGGAAUGAUCAUCGACCUGGAUACCUCGCGCUUCGACCCGAACACCAUCGCCGUACCAGAAGGUCCAGAUGCCGAGUUUGCUCAAACCCAAAAUCAUCCUCACAAUUAUCAUCCUCACCAUCAAAUGCAAGAGAACGUUCCAGCUUAUUUCACCAACGAAAACAUCUACAGCUGCAACACCAACAACAAUCACAUGACUGUAGAAGAAGCCAUUGAUGGAGAUCCCAGCAAUACUGACAAUAAUCAGGUGAUGCCUUGUUACGGUAAUAGUCAAGCUUCAAAUUGGAAUAGUAAUCAACCUGGACUACUGCAAGAUAUGUUCGAGCAACUCGUUGCCGACCACGCGCAAACGCAGAAUGGCAUCACUGCCCAAAAUUCGAGCGAUGAAGUCCUCCCGAUGCCGCCUCCAGAUCACCUAGGCUUCUUCCAUCUAUUCGACUUGGCCAGAUCCUCCUCAUCCUCCUCGUUGCCGUGGCCUUCGUCCUCCUUGCUCCCAAAACCGCCGCUCUCAUACACAAACCCUAACGCAUCCACAACAUCGUCGGUGCUGUAUGACCCGCUCUUCCACCUGAGAAACUUGCAACCAAAACCUCCACCAAUGGGCGAACUAUUGUUCCCGUACGUGGGCUUGCCCAAUGAGGAUGACGGAGGGGAAAUCAUCGUCGACGGAGAAGGAGGGACGACGGCAGCGAUGAUGAUGAUGUAUGGGGAGGAUGAAGGGGUGUUGGAGAUGAUGGAGGGUGGCAAUAGGGUUAAGAUUGGCAAGAGAAGGGGAGGGAAUAAGUUGACCAAGCACUUUGCCACUGAGAGGGACAGGAGGACUCAGUUGAAUGAGAAGUAUGCCGCUUUGAGGGACUUGAUCCCCAACCCCACCAAGUUUGAUCGGGCAUCCAUUGUGGGAGAUGCCAUUGAGUACAUCAAGGAGCUCUUGAUAACUGUGAGCGAGCUGAACCUACUCUUGGAGAGGAAAAGAUGGGGAAGAGAGAGGAAAUGGAGACAAAGGGUUGCCGUCGACGAAGACAACAAUGAUGAGGCUGUAGAUGGAGAGAGCUCCGUAACCGCGGUCACUCCAUCGGGCGACCCGGCCAAUCGGUCCUUCAGUGGGACACUGAGGAACUCUUGUCUCCAGAGGAAGUCGAAGGCGACCGAGGUCGAUGUGCGCAUUGUCAACGACGAGGUCGUGAUCAAGCUCGUGCAGCGGAAGAAGAUCAAUUGCUUGCUGCAUGUGACGCGGCUCCUCGACAAGCUUCAGUUGGACCUCCAACACAUUUCGGGCGGCCACAUUGGUGAACACUACAGCUUCUUGCUCAACUCCAAGAUCUGUGAAGGUUCGACGGUGUACGCGAGCGGGAUCGCAAGCAAGGUCAUAGAGGUUGUGGACAGGCAGUACUAUGCUGCCACACCACCACCGAGUUGCUGCAGCUACUAGGGCUUGAGGAGGAGAUGGAGGAGGAGACGAUGAUGAAGCCCCUUUAGUCCCUUUAUUUCUAGUCAUUUAAAUUUUCACUACCUAGAUAUGGAAAAAUAAUUAAAGUCUAUAUAGCUACAUUAUGUCACCUUAUUCCAAAUGCAGACAUGUUCUUCGGUAUUGCUUC